AUGGUCCCUGUAAAGCCCUCCGCACAGCGGCUGGCCGACAGUAAAGGAUCCCUGGUGUUCCUUCUUCAAACAUUCCUUGAUGUGCGGGCACUGCCUGGGGCCCUGGCGACACGUCUCAGAGCAGCUCAGAGUCCCGUCUUGAAGGAGGUGAUGGUUCAACCGGAAGGGGAGGGCGCCACCCCAGAUAACUUCCUUCUGGUGCAGAUAGCACUGCCGCGGAGGCACGGGCUUAGCUGCAGGUGA